AUGCGCGGCGGGACUCGGCCCCGCUCCCGGCCCGACGUGGCAGCGGAGCUGCCGGCAGGCAGAGGCCUCCGGGGGAUGCCUGCCCGCACCCGGGCAUCCCCAGCCCGCCGCGGCAGCGGAGCCUCUCUGUCUCAGCCACCUCAAAUCGCGGGUGGCCGUGGGGCGCUGCCUGCCCGAAAGGGGCUGCGCCGGGGCUCCGGGAGUAGCGGCGGGGGGCGGCCAGAGGGCGCGGGGACAGCUGUGGAAAUAAAGGAGCGGGGGAAGGAUGGAGAGAAGGGGGAAGAAGGGGGCGGGGGCGCGGUGCCGGGGAAGGCAAUGCGGGGACGGUGGAGGGUUUCGAGCCGAGUUGCUGGUGGAAGGCACGGACACACAAACAGCAGCAUCCCCCGGCACUUCCACCAAGUCAGCCCCACCGCCCCGCGGGGCCGGGAGCCGCCGGAGGGAAGGAGCCGCGGCGCACACACACACACAGACACACGCCGCCGCUGCGCUCCAGCCGCCGCUCGGCUCUCCCCCCUCCCACCGCCGCCGCGCAGGCAGCAGGCAGCGGGCGCGGAGCCGAGCGGGAGGCGCAGGGCGAGGAGUCCCCCGGCCCCAGUCGGACCGGCCUCCAGCGGCCGCGCUGCCCCGACGGCACCGCCGCCCCCUCCCCGGGGGCAGCGCGCACCUCCCCGCCUGGAGGGGCCGUGCGAGGCAGCGGGCGGGGGAAGCGCGGGCACACACACACGCACUCUCACACACAUAUACACACACACGCGCAGGCACACCCGCACAGACACACGCAGGCAGAGGCAGGGCUGCCCCACGCCGGUACCUUGCUGCCCUGGUGUUUUCCGUCCGGGCUCCUCCUUGCUGAGGCAGCUCGGGAGCGGAGCCGAGCGGGCGGGUGCGGACAACUUGAACUUCAGUGCAAUUAACUUCGCCGGCGCCUCGGAAGCCGGAGGUGUCGCCGGCCUCGCCCGCCGCGCUCCCAUGAGUGAGUCGGUCCCGCUCCUUCGGCGUCUCUCCUCGGGGACGUGGGGGACGGGGGGGGACAGAGCCGUGCCGGGGGCACCCGCGGCGGCGAUUUACCGAGGCCGGCUGUUCCGGCCCGGGAGGGCGGGCGGGAGGGAGGCGCGGGGCGGGUGGCUGUGCUCGGCGCUGCCGCUGCCGGAGCCUCCCGGCCGGCACGGGCUCACACCUGCCGCCGCUGCCGGCCGCCGGCCCCGCUCCGCUCCGCUCCGCUCCCCUGCCCGCUGCCGCCUCACCCGCCGCCGGCACGGGGGAAGCGGCGGGAGGUGGGGGUGGGGGCACAGGGAGAAAAACCACAGAAGUUUGGCAAAGUUCUUCCCCAGCCCCGCGCGCCUCCCGGCAGCGGCGGGCGCGGCGCCCCCGACGGCGCGGGGCGAAGCGGCGGGGCCGGGGGUCGCGGGCAGGCGGGGGCCGGGGGGGUCGCGGGGUGGCGCUUCCGCGGGGCUGCGCGGGGGUUGCGCGGGCGGCCGAGCGGCGGCGGCGGCGGCUGGCCCAGCCGGGGGCGCGCCCGUGGCGGUGGGUGGCACGUCCCCCCCGCCCGCCCGCCCGCGGCACGACCCGGCGCUGCCGCUGUCACGGGGAGCAGCGCCGGGAGCUCGUCUGUGCGCUCCAGGAUUUUAG